AUGGCUUCCAACCAGGGCAAGAACACCGGCAAUACCGGCGGUGACUCCAAGAGCUCUACUCCGAUGGGCCAGUCUGAUGCAAGCAGAGUUCAAUCCGUCAACGCCAAGUCCGGCGGCGACAUGUCCUCCGGCGGUUUCGCUGCUCGCGCUCAGAGCGCAGCAGAUUGGAACGCCAACGCUGGCGACCAGCAGGGCGAGACUAAGAAAUGA